CGAGGACGUAGACCACCUUUCUUUACAUUCUUAACUCUUCCCAGGUCUUGCAACAGCAUUGGCAUUGCACCAUUGGUCUCAAGGGAUAACAAAGAGCCCCCAAUCGUUUUUCUAGCUUAUCAUAUUCAACACGACCCCAAUGGCUAACGUUUUAGUUGUAUCUAACAGGAUACCUGUUACAAUCACCGAAGAUGAUAAAACCGACGGCCAGGAUACAGAUGGCAGCAACACAUACAGCUACAACAUGUCGUCUGGUGGCUUGGUCACGGCCUUGCAGGGUUUAAAGACCUCGUUUCAAUGGUUUGGAUGGCCCGGCAUGAGUGUGAGCAACGAUGCAGACAGGACCAAAAUUGAGACGGACCUAAAAAGUAAGUUCAAUUGCUAUCCUGUCUGGUUAUCGGAAGAGAUUGCUGAUUUACACUACAAUGGGUUUUCCAACUCGAUUUUAUGGCCAUUGUUCCAUUACCAUCCUGGAGAAAUGAACUUUGAUGAGAUUGCUUGGGCUGCCUAUAUCGAGGCGAACAAGCUAUUUACAGAGGAAAUAUUCAAGAAAGUGAAAGAGGGUGAUAUUGUUUGGAUACACGAUUACCACUUGAUGUUGGUUCCAUCCAUGCUUAGAGAAAAAUUAGAAAGGAAUGGCUUUUCCAACGUCAAGUUAGGAUUCUUCUUGCACACGCCUUUUCCAUCUAGUGAAAUAUACAGGAUCUUACCUGUCCGGGCGGAAAUUCUACAAGGUGUUUUAGGAUGUGAUUUGAUUGGGUUCCAUACCUACGACUAUGCUAGACAUUUCCUUUCCUCGGUUGAACGGAUUUUGAAGUUGCCUACAAGUCCCCAAGGUAUCCGCUACAACGGCAGAGACGUUACAGUGGGCGCAUACCCGAUCGGCAUUGAUGUCGACAAGUUUUUGAAAGGUGUAGAAAAGGAAAGCGUUCAGGGUCGUAUCGCCGAAUUGAAGCACAAAUUUGGAGAUGACUGCAAGUUGAUUGUGGGUGUCGACAGACUCGAUUACAUCAAGGGUGUCCCGCAAAAGUUGCAUGCUUUCGAGAUAUUCCUCGAAACACACCCGGAGUGGAUCGGGAAGGUGGUCUUGAUCCAAGUCGCAGUGCCUUCCAGAGGAGAUGUGGAAGAAUACCAGAAUCUACGGGCCAAUGUGAACGAGUUGAUUGGACGAAUCAAUGGGCGGUUUGGCACGGUUGAGUUUGUUCCCAUCCAUUUCUUGCAUAAAUCGGUUACUUUUGACGAGCUGAUCUCUUUGUAUUCGGUCUCUGACGUGUGUCUCGUCUCAUCUACCAGGGACGGUAUGAACCUUGUCAGUUAUGAGUACAUUGCCUGCCAACAGAAGGGUAAGGGUACUCUUGUUCUCAGUGAAUUUGCCGGUGCCGCACAAUCACUCAACGGUGCAGUCAUCGUCAAUCCUUGGAACACAGAGGAACUGUCGGACGCUAUCUACGAGGGGCUUACUAUGAGCGAAGAAAAGAAGACUGCCAAUUUCAACAGCAUGUUCAAAUACAUCACCAAGUAUACUGCCAGCUACUGGGGUGGCAAUUUUGUCAAAGAAGUGUCCAGACACAAGUAGACAUGUGUAUAUUUAGUAUCUACAGAUGUACGUUUUUUCUGAGUUUGCUUGUUGUUUUGUUUAACUGUUUCUUUGUUUUUGUUGUUGUUGUUGUUGUUGUUGUUAUUUCCUUUUGUACAACUCGAGGUAGAUAUGACAGCUGUGUAGAUAUAAUUCAUUCAUUCCAAUUAAAGUGGCAGACAUGGUAGUGCAGCUAAUCUGACUAUCUAUUUUUCGAAUUUCGCCUCA